AUGUUAACUUAUCUCCGCCGCGCUGCCGCACGCGGUGGUGCUACCUCCGACUACCUACUUUCUUUCAGGUCGUUCAGCUCCGCCGCUCCUUCCGUCUCUUCUGCUUCUGGUUCCGACCCAUCAAUUCCCUCUUAUUCUGAAUCACAGAAAAAAGCAUCUAGAUGGUUGCUGUUUCUGCCUGGGGCAAUCACAUUUGGCCUUGGGACUUGGCAGAUUAUUAGAAGAGAAGAAAAGAUUAAAAUGUUGGAAUAUCGAGAGAAAAGGUUGCAAAUAGAACCAUUGAGAUUCAGUAGUGCUUAUUCAUCAAAUGAGGAAGUAGAUUCUCUGGAAUUUAGAAAGGUUGUUUGCAAAGGAUAUUUUGAUGAUAGAAAAUCAAUCUAUAUUGGACCACGUUCAAGAAGUAUUUCAGGAGUUACUGAAAAUGGCUACUACAUUAUAACACCUCUUAUGCCAGUUCCCGAUUGUCCUGACAGUGUGAGUUUUCCAAUUUUAGUCAACAGAGGGUGGGUUCCACGCAGUUGGAAAGACAAAUUUUUAGAGGCUUCACAAGAUGAAAAAUUGGCAGAAUCGCUUCCUUCCCCUUCUCACACAGAUGGAACUGCAUCUUGGUGGAGAUUGUGGUCUAAAAAGCCUCCUGUUAUUGUUGAGGAUCAGGUUCCGUCCGUUACACCUAUAGAAGUUGUUGGUGUAGUUCGAGGAAGUGAGAAACCAAGUAUAUUUGUUCCUGCAAAUGAUCCUAAGUCUUCCCAAUGGUUCUAUGUUGAUGUUCCUGCCAUUGCUCGUACUUGUGGCCUUCCAGAAAACACUAUCUAUGUUGAAGAUAUCAAUGAAAAUGUCAAUCCAAGUAAUCCUUACCCUGUGCCCAAGGAUGUGAAUUCCUUGAUUCGAAGUUCUGUCAUGCCUAGGGACCACCUAAACUACACUUUCACAUGGUAUUCUCUUUCUGCAGCAGUUACAUUUAUGGCUUUUAAGAGACUUAAACAGAAAACUAAGAGGAGCUAG